CAUUGACUUUGCCAAAACAACCAAAAUUUCCACUCAAAUCCCAUAUUUUCCACACACAAAUCCAAGAAUACUCAAUACCCAAAAUUUUACUACAACUAUUUGUUUUAUGUUGGAUUUGAUCUAAGCAUCAUAUUAUUACUCUAUGUACUUGGAGCCAUUCAACUCAAACACUUACACUUUGGUUGCAUGUAUCUUCAUGUGCAAGGUAAGACUAAUUCCAGUUGUUCAUAAUCCUCUGUUUUUAUAUGGCUAAUUUUUACACAAGAAUAUUGGAUGAAGAAGCACCACCAUACCCGAAAUGUGUUGAUGAUGAUUGUUCUCCAAAAGAUGAAGAUGGUUCAAAAUCAAAUCUACCCUUUUCGCCUAUAUUGCUUAUUUUGAUGUGUUUUCUUGUUGCUGUGUUUUUCUUGAUAUGUUAUUUCAUAAUUCUCAAGAGAUAUAGGGUUCGUUUGAAUAGUCUUAGGAGGACUUUUUCGAGAAAUAUUGAUCAGACUGAUGAGAAUAUUAUGAAUGAAGAUCAUGGCCCCGAGUUGAUUCAUCCGAUAUGGUUGAUUAACACUGUUGGUUUGACCCAGAUGGUUAUUGAUUCUAUUGCGAUUAUUAAGUAUAAGAAGGGUGAAGGGUUGGUUGAGGAGACUGAUUGUUCGAUUUGUUUGAGUGAAUUUGGAGAUAAUGAGAGUUUGAGGCUUUUGCCUAAGUGUAGUCAUGCUUUUCAUAUUUCUUGUAUUGAUACUUGGUUAAGGUCACAUAAGAAUUGUCCUCUGUGUCGUGCUCCGAUCGUUGUUGAGGCGAGUAAUGUUGGGUUGAGUACUGUGGAGACCACGAAUACGGAUGGAUUGGGUACAGGUGAAGAUAAUUUGGCGGAGAAUUUAGAUAGUAAUGGUGAGGGCGGGGAUGGAGCUGGAGAUAAUAGUGCGGAGGAGCUAAGCAAUGCUAGUAAUGAAGAAGUUAGUGAAAAUAAAGACAAGGCUUUGGUGGAUCAAAGUUUAAGGAAUUGUGGUUUUGAGGUUUUAAGUGCUAUUGGGGAAGGAGGAUCACAAGAAGUGAGGAGGUCAGUGUCAUUGGAUUCAUAUUCUGCUUCAAUGAUUCAGAUUGCAGUUGCGAAUAUUGAUCCAGUGAAGGUUGUGAGACAUAAUAAAAAUAGAUCAUUGUCAAGGAUAUAUGGAGUGAUGAAAAGUUCUUCAUUUAGACAUUUUUCAGAAAAAGGGCAUGUUUCGAUGAAGAGAACACUCUCAUCUACUAGUAGGAAGUGGCCAAAAUCCGGUUCCAGUAAAAGCCAUGACUCCAUUUUGCCAUUGUAAAAACUGGUAGAAUUGAUUCGUCUAUGCAGAAUAAAAGAUAAUAAGGGUAAGGCUACAGACAUCACAGACAGUAUCACAUGUUCGUCGUUCGGAUAAUGGCUUUUACAUUCCAAGUACUGUGGUAUGAAGCAAACAACAUUCAGUCAUGCCAUGUUGAGUUCAAUCUACAGACUAAAGAAGCCGCAAGUCUACUUGUUAAUGAAAAAGUCUGAAGCUGCAACAGCAACAGCAAGUUCUUACAGAUUGAUGUAUCUUCGGUUUACUUGCUUGACUGAAACAUAAAUUAAAAUUAACAGUACUGUAAUGUAUUUAUCAUACCAAAAUUGUAAUCUUGAACGAUGAACACGAGUCUUUUAAGUGGUC